AUGGAAGAACCUGAAGUACUUACAACAUGCAACAGUGGAAGAAGAAUACACAUCGACCCGAAUUACUCACCCGAAUUCGAGUUUUGGAUGAUCCGAAACCCUUCCUUUCCACAACCCGACUUACUCUCUGCUGAUGAACUCUUCUCUGAUGGAAUCCUUCUUCCUCUCCACAAUCUCCAAUGCCCCAUCUUUUAUGACCCACCUGACCCGAACCCUCCAUCAGACAAAACUGACUCCGUACCCGAAACCGAGAUUUCUGCAUGUGAAUCCACAUUAUCGAAGCGUUGGAAAGACAUUUUCAAGAAAAAUAACAGGAACAUACCCAGUAUAAUUUCACAAGUGAGGUCUGAGGAGAGAAGAGUGUAUGCAGACCUUAGCCUUACUUUAGAAGGCAGAGAGAUUGUUUCUGAUAGUCAGGAGAAGAAGAAGAAAGAGAAGAAAUGUGGGGCUGUUGCAGCAACAACAACAUACACAGUGAAAUUUCACAAAGCAAGAUCGGAGAAGGAUAGAAUGUACGCAGAUCUUGACCUUACCACUAUCUUGAAAGGUGGAGAGUCGAUAUCCGAGAAGAAGAAAGAGAAGAAAUGCGGAGCUGCUGGUAGAAGUAAUAUUAAUAGGGCGGAGCUGAAUAUCAACAUCUGGCCAUUUUCAAGAAGUAGAUCAGCCGGAAACAGCGGAAUUAGGUCACGAAUGGUGAGACGUAAGGGGAAUAGUGCACCGUGUUCCCGGAGUAACUCCGCCGGUGAGUCAAAGUCAACGAAAUGGCCAAGUAGUCCCAGCCGUACUAAUGGAGUUUAUUUGGGCCGGAAAACUAGAGUUAUGAAGUUGAAUGUACCGGUUUGCAUUGGUUACAGGCAACAGUCAGUUUGCAGAAGUGAUGAAAAUAGUGCUAUAAGUGGACAGAGUGGUGGUGAAGGGGUCCGUAGCAGUAAUUUACUUAAUAUUCGAAGCAUUUUUACCAAGAAAGUGCAUUAG